AUGGCACUGUCACAUAGCGUUCCCUUCGAGACCUCAGUGCCCGAGGGCUUCGAAAUCGGCACCGUGCUGAAAAUUCGUGGUGUCGUCCCCUCAGAGGCUAACAGGUUCUACAUAAACCUGCUGUCCUGUGACAAGCCGGACAGUGAUAUCGUCCUGCACUUCAACCCCCGGCUGGAUCAAUCCAUUGUGGUCAUGAACACCAUGGAGUGCGGCACCUGGGGCUCAGAGGAGCGCGUCUUUCCGAAUGUCUUCCAGAGAGGGCAGCCCUUCGAACUGCUCCUCAUCGCCAUGAAUGAACACUUCAAGAUUGUGGUCGGGGACUCGGAAUCCUACGAGUUCAUCUACCGGCUCCCACCAAAGCGCUCUUGCUUGUUGAAGGUGGGCGGGGACGUGAGUCUGGAAUUGUUGAAGAUCUUCUGAGCCUUCCCACGAGGGCGGGUGGGGACGGGGCGCAGGGGUCUGGGGUGGCAAAUAAAGUCUUAGCCUGUCGUCCGUGCGCCUCCUGUGUGUCCGUGUCUCCUUCAUAGAGACGAGAAUAGCAGGCUCAGGGAGGUGAAGACACUGACUAGGGGUCACACAGCGAUUGCGUGGCCGGGGCGGGUCCGGGCCUGGAUCUCCGAGGGCACUUUGUGUCCCUGGAGGCCUGAGGAGGGUCACGAUCUGGCGGGGGUGGGGCUUUGGCUUGCCCUCCUGCAGCACUUUGCAAAGCAGCCAGGUGGAAAUGCGGUGGGGGGCGACCUUAGGGAAUUUGCAGGCGCCCAAGCCAUCCCUUGGCGCCCGCUCCGUGGGUGUAACGGACCCCCCAAUCGGUCCGUCUGCAAACAGGUCUCUUGGAGACCCCAGCCUCGCGGAGAAGAUGCGUUAAUCUCCGGCUCCCCGCGCCGAUGCCCGAGGCUUCAUGCCUCUCCCCGGCUUCCCCGGCCUCCCGGCGCCUGCAGACAGGUGGCGCGGGGAGGGGCUUGGAAGCCAAUCAGGGCGUUGCCGUCCUCUCAUUUGUCCCGGAGUUGGGACACGCCCCGCCAGUUCGCGCCCCGAGGCAGACGCUUACUGCAGCUACACGGGACGCGAAGGGCCGUGCUCCCGUGACCCCGCUGCUGUCUAAAGCGCCGUUCUCACACUUCUUCCUCCUCGGCUCACUCAACGGCCCUGCGACCCCGGCCCUACCCGAGGGAUUCUGGAGGGGGAACGGGGAGCGGGGUACAAACAGAAGACCAGUCAGCCCUGAGUGCCAGGUGGGGAUUUUCUGGUUUCGGGGGGUGGUUGGGUUGUCCCUAAAAGGCCACUCGUGGGAGAGGAGCCCGGACCACGGGAGCGCCCCUGAGUCCUGCACCCACAAGGGACUCGCAUCGGGUGUGCUUCUCAGCAGCGGACAGAGAGGGGCUUGGAAGGCGCGCGCCUGCAGCGCACCACGUGUUGGAAAGUCCGGAGCCGCGCCCCUGCCAGCGGUUUCUCGGCCUGGAAGCUUGCGAAACCAGUGACAUGUUGCCCCCUCCUGGCCGCUGCUAACAUUGCACUCUUGGCAAUCGGUGCAGGAGCAGGGGCCUGUUUUCCUUGGUUUCACCUUAAAGAGAGGUGGAACAGCCUGUGGGACCCACCAAGCCUGGGCGCCGGUUCGAGCCCUUUCAGGACCUGAGCUUUUUCUGUACUUUGCCAGCCGCCUAUAGCUACCUUUCCCCAUGCCGGCCCUUCUGAAUAUGUUUCUGGGGGGCAGUGGAAUGAGGGGUCCCCUGUGGAGACCAGAGAAAAUCUGGCAUCCCUCGGGACUCCAGGGCUCAUUGUUAAAUGAAUUCAUUUUUAUUGUAUGCGUGUUUUCAUGUAGCUAUUGAACAUUAACAAAUGUCUGUAAAGAUAACAUACUCUACGGUUCGAAAUUCAAAAAGUACAGUGGAACGUAAGGCACGAUUGACACAGUCACAAAGGGGCUGGAUUCUCCCGUUUAGAUGGUGACGAUUCAUCAGGGUUAAUUUCCUGGCUUUCACCUCUGUCUUACCGUGUAUAUAGUGGAGAAUGUUCUUAUUUAUACAAAAUAGAAACUAUCUGGAGAUAAAGAGGCAGCAUGUUGGCAGCUUAUUCAUAAAUCGU